AAAGACUGCAUAGGUGCAGAAAGUCGGUAGGUGAUUUUGCUAGUGACAGUUAUCACAGGUCCCUAUAGGCUAUCAUGAAAGCAGUCGCCUAAUUUCCAAUACCGACAAGGGAAGCGAACUGUCAACUGGAUUAUUGGCUUUUACCUAAAUUGGGUGAACUUGAAAAACGUGUAUUUUGACGUAUACUAAUUUUGCUGAGUUUGAAAUUGUAGACGUGUAUUUUUCCUGUUUUAGUUUGUUAUAGCAUUUUCUACAACAAACUCGAAUUUCUGGUUGUGGCUUUUUGGUAGAAGGAGGACGCUACUUUGAUUGGGGGUUUAAAUGAGCUACAAUCUAGUCAAGUGUAUUGCACUGCGUUAACAUUUUUUUCCAAGGAGCACACUAAUGCAUCCCAAUAAGUAGCCUAGAUGUGAUCCUAAGUUAUUUUUCUAGUUAGCACACAUCAAUUUUCAGGAGCAAAUACUCCUAAAAUAGCAUCAUUGUAUACCCUAGCCAUGGUAGCUGGCUAACGUUAAAGGUAGCCUAAUUGAUAAUUUUAGAAAAACAUUAAAUUAAUGUUAACUCGCUUGCUGUUUAAAGAACUCACUGCAUACGUGUCGCUUUUGGAAGUGAAGCUCAAAUUAAUCGCAAUCUUGGCUAGCUCUUUUACACCUAUUAGACCCAUAAUACAUUAGCCAGGUAGAAUACCAGUGGGUUAACGUUACGACCUAUCCAGUGUGAGCACAUUUGUCCUUGGUUUGCUUACCGGAUUGCUUUGAGUUCCACAUUCACCCCAAUUGCUUGCUAAAUUAUUAAUACGAACAUGCCAACUGUCACACACCACAAGGAAGCACUUCAAAAUGUUAGGUAUCCUUAAAGUGUGUAUGCAGCACAUACUGAAAUGACUGAACGCUAAUCGAAACGAAGGAACAAAGCAAAGAGCAAAACAUAGACGAAACCGAAGGGAAAUGACGUUCAUGAUGUACGAACAAAGUCGCCAUCUUCUGCGGGUGCCACAACGUCCAGUAUCAAUGCUGCUUCAGAGCCACGGUUGCUAAACAGUGCGAAAGAACCAAGUGAAGGGCAAGGGCAUCGGUGGAAACAUGAGCAUGGAGAAAGGAGUGCAGCACUGGGGUGACAGUCCCUUGAAGUCUGAGAAAGGGGUGGAUCAGCCAGCUAUCCUGGGAGAGCAGGGGAACAUGAGAGAGCUGUCCCAGUCUGAUGACUCUCGAAUGAACAUGGACCCGGCAGCCGCCGACACUGCAGAGUUAGUCUCCCGUUCGGAGAUCAAGCUGUACAAGAGGCGGUGGGUCAUGCUCUUCCUCUUCAGCACCUACUCCAUGAGCAAUGCCUUCAUGUGGCUCCAGUAUGGCAUCAUCAGCAACAUCUUCAUGCACUUCUACAACAUUGACACUUUCGCCAUCGACUGGCUCUCCAUGAUCUACAUGCUGACGUACAUCCCGUUUAUCCUCCCUGUGAUGUGGUUCCUGGACAACCGGGGGAUCCGUGACGUGGUAGUGGUGGGCUCUGCCUUCAACUGCAUCGGGGCCUGGAUUAAGACGGGCACUGCCCAUCCAGACCUCUUUGCUGUCACCUUCUUUGGGCAGUUUGUGUGCUCAGUGGCCACUGUCUUCAUCCUGGGGAUCCCUUCCCGCCUGGCCUCCCUGUGGUUUGGGCAGCAAGAGGUUUCUACAGCCUGCUCCAUUGGGGUCCUGGGGAAUCAGCUGGGCAUUGCCAUUGGGUUCCUUGUUCCCCCUAUCCUGGUGCCCAAUGUGGAGGACAAGGACAAGCUUGCACAGCACAUUAGCAUCAUGUUCUACAUGACUGCUGGAGUAGCCACCCUGAUCUUCAUUUUGGUGGUGAUUGUUUUUCAGGAGAAGCCGAAAAUCCCACCCACUCAGGCCCAGGUUGUAGCACGCAACAUCCCACCGGACCAGUACUCCUACACGGCCUCCAUCUUGAGACUGGUGCGCAACGUACCCUUCAUCCUCCUGACCAUCAGCUAUGGACUGAAUGUGGGCUGCUUCUAUGCCGUCUCCACACUACUGAACCGGAUGAUCAUCGAUCAGUACCCCGGUGAGGAGGUGAAUGCCGGAAGAAUCGGCCUCACCAUCGUCAUUGCUGGCAUGGUGGGCUCCCUCAUCUGCGGCAUCUGGCUGGACAAGACCAAAACCUACAAGCAGACAACGCUGGCCAUCUACCUUUUGUCCUUUGUAGGGAUGGUGCUGUAUACCUUCACCCUCAGCCUGGGCCACUUGUGGUUGGUCUUCAUCACUUCCGGAGCACUCGGCUUCUUCAUGACGGGAUACCUGCCCCUGGGAUUUGAGUUUGCCGUGGAGUUGACGUACCCCGAGUCGGAGGGCACCUCUUCAGGGCUGCUCAACUGCUCAGCACAGGUAUUCGGAAUCCUGUUCACCAUCGGUCAAGGGAAGAUCAUCGACCAGUUCGGCACGCUCGCUGGGAACAUUUUCCUCUGCGUGUUCCUCUUGAUAGGAACUGUCAUGACAGGUUUCAUCAAGUCGGACCUCCGGAGGCAGAAGGCGAAUCGGUUGGCGGAGGCGGGUGCUGCGGGCCUCCAUUCUUCAAGUCAGAACUAUGGGGCCACAAGCCCCACAACUACCUGCAGCCGCAGUCCUGACUUUUAACCCCAACCCCAGUAAACCCCAAACACAGAUGCACCAAGAUGCGAUGAGUCACUGCAGGGCCAGGCUCUGAAAUACAUGCAUCGUGAAUAAUAGUGGGUGUAUGAAAAAUGUGCAAUUCUCUCUGCUUGUGACAUAUCAUUUUGUCUACUGUUAACUCCAUUUUGUAUGUACCCAAGAAGUGCCAGUUAAUGAAUAAAAAUUGUAAUUAACAUUAAUCAAACAAAAUUACAUUUUAAUUCAUCAAUAUUAUAUUAUGAAGUUAAGGGAAUACUGAUUGUUGGAGGUUUUUGUCAUUAGCUCAAACUUUGUCCUCAUUAUAUUGGUUUGUACUCUGCUGUCUGACUAUAAGAUAGGAACACCGUGGUAAUUUUAAUUUCCUGUUCUCUGAUUGGCAGCCUUUGAAGGAACACCUGGAGGAAGGCCUCACUGUACCUGUGGUCUUGAACGAGGCUAAGCUGUAGGAACAGGCAGUCUGUGGGAUGGACAUGCAGAUGCCUCUGUUUCCUUGCCUUCCCUUCCCUACUCACACACCCUAAACCGUGUUUUCACUGACCCACCUUAGCUGCAUGUGUUGAGAUACGCAUUUCCAGUAAGUCUCACACACUACUAGUGUGCUGCACGCAUCCACAGCUUAAGAGCCAUACGUUUUUAAUACAGCCUAUGGUACGUGUCUAUAUCACACAUCAGUAAAUGAAAUGAUUAGUGUAUUAUAACGUCAGAAUAAAAAAAUCCUUCUGCCGUUAUAAUAUCUAGUUUAUUUACCAAUGUGUGAUAUGCACUGUCUAUAUUUUAAUUUUUUUGCUAUUCCUAUUUUUAAAAAUAUUUUUUCUAUACCUAUUUUGGAGCAGCCAAAACAAAAAAGAUUGGGGUGAGGGAUUAUAUGUGGCAUACAACACAGGAGCAACAUGAUUUUCAAAUGUGAUCCAAUGUUGAUCUAUGAACAGGACUGCUCCCUAGCUUUGAGUAAGCAGCGUAAAAAACACUUUCUGGUUGUAGUGUUUACUUCACUGGGCUUGCUCCAAACCUGCCUUUGCAUCUCCAGUACCAAGUGGCUAUGGAAAUACCCCCAGAGUCUUUUCAGGUGUAACCAACCUGCAGCUAACUUGCGUCCGUAGAAACACAGCUAUAAACACCACUACAGACACACACACACACACACAGUACAGACAACAUCUCCUUAGGCCAAGUAAGGGACACAUGAACAUACACACACAAACAACUGAAGUAAUGCUGCUUCCCUUUUAAGAAUGUGAGGAUUGGGAGCAUCAGUUUAACAUACAGUGCUGCACUGUUGUCAGGGAAAACUGUCUCCCAGUGAUAAACAGGUGAGGACUGAGGAAUCUGUCAGAGAUGGAUGGAGAGAUGGCCAGUCACCCAACCUCAUCUCAAACACAUGGCUGAUCACUGGAUUGGAGCUAUUCUCAUUUCACUAUCCAGUAACAAAUUCUGACUUUUCAAAUAAUAUAAUUACUGCUGUCACCUAGGGAACUUUUAGCGUAAUUCACUUUGUAGCUUACAUUGGACCUCAACACAUAUGAGUUUUGGAAAUAUGAUCGAGUACUUUUAUAAAAAAUCCUACCAGCAGUGCAUUCUACCAAAUCCCACAAUGGUAAGGGAUUAUGUAUGUAUUCUUAAAUGAGCAAUAUUCAAAUUGUGCUUGCUUUUUCUUAUACUAGACCAAUACAAACAAAUCUUUACAUUGCUGAAGAUUUUUAACUGUUCUAUUUUUUUAGAAUAUGAAAGUUAAAAUUAGAAUGCUGAUUCAGCCAGUGGUAUGGUACUUUCCCCACUAUGGCGGUCCAGACCACCUGUCGAGCAGGUAUGGAGUGUGGUUAUAAAUGGACGGUAAUUACCAUCUGCCAUACGAGAACAGCAGGGAGGUACCCUGGAACACCAAUACCAUUGAUACAGUUGAUGCUGUGCAUCUGGGAAUGUCUCAGAAGGUCAGUUUCUGACCUGUACAGUAGACACGUAAGUCCUGCCUUCACAGCGUUCUCAGAGAGAAUAACAGACACUUUAGGACUGUAGUAUAUUACUCCAUGGCAGAUCUUUGUGUUCAUUAGUGAGCACUCUCCAAUAAUACUAUAGUUACUGACUCCAAGCACAAAAGUUAGUUUCAUAGAACCAGAGGGUCAUGGCAGCUGCAACCAUGAAACAUGUGGAUACUGCUGUGAAAUGGACUCUUCUGUAUAUCUGUCAAUAAAACUAGGUAGAUUACUGUAAAACACAGACCAGUUUAGCGAUCAAAGAUCAAUUUUGUGAAAUUAACAUAUGGUGUACUGUACAAUGGGGGUAUAUGAUUUUUUUUGCUUCAUAUCAAUAAAUUCUAUUUAACCAAGUUUCUGGUUAAAACUGAAGCCAUAGUUGGGCAAAUUGUAUUUUAGCAUUUAUAUGUAUGAUUCUCUGUAUUUGUUAUUGAUAAAAAAUAUAUACUAUUUCAAGUAAGAUUUUUCUGCUAAUAUUUAUGAAUGUGUUGUGUUUCUAAAAACAGCAGUGAUUUUCCUGAAUUGUUCUGUAAUCCUAAAUACCAUUAUCUUACUACAUCAGUGGUAUAACAUUGUUUAGUAGGCUAAUUUUCUAUACCUGUCAAUGAAAAGUGAUUUGUGAAGCUUGUGCUAUUUAAUAAUACGAAAGAAUAACAAUUAUAGUUUUGUACUACAAAUUGUUCUUACUCAUCAUUUAUACACGUUACAGGUGUGAACUAUGAAGCUAUUUUGUUGAAAUAAAGAUUAUUUUCCAUGAAAAA